AUGAACGUGAAAUCCAUCAUCGAGAACCCGCCUUUCAAACUCAGCGAGGAUGAUGUGAACGCCUUGCUGGGACAUUUCGACGAGUUCAGACCUUAUGACUGGGCGCAGUUAAAGAACGUCAUUGGCGACAUGGGCCUACUUCGGCGAAGUCCACAUGACCUUCGAAACUACAUCCUUUGGUACUCCGGAGUUGAGAAGCAGUAUGGGUCUAUUGCUGAAUUCGUUCGACGAGAGAGGCUAAAAUGGGAACACCCAAUUGUCGCUCGGGAUGCUGCCCUGUUCAAUCACCCUGAUGACUUCAAAAUAAUCCGGAACGAUUGGCCUUACGGCCUGGGUGAGGGAAUCACGCACCUUGUGAUCUGGUCCAAAGUCAGCAUCCCCAUUGAUCCUGAUACAAGCCUCCCCACAGCAGAGGCCACUGCGACUAUAGAGACGUUUCUGCGGCAGAUUUUCGACAAGCGACUUGGUGCUGACUGGGGCAAGGACGUCCUGUGGUUUAAGCAAAAGGCGGAAUGGCAAAGUGUGAAGAGUCUGGAUCAUAUUCAUGUAAUGGUGCGGGGCUUGGCAGAGAGUGAGAUUGAUGCGCUGACAGGCACGACGCGACAGCAGAUUCUGUCAGAGCAGGUUGCGAAGGGUGGCAUGCGUAGCAUCUUUUCAGUACCAAGCAUUUGA